CUUAUACUUUUUUUUAUUAAUUCUUCUUACAUAUUAAAUAUGAAAAGAAUUAAAUACAUUUUAUGUUUUGAAGAUAUAGAAGCAAGAUGAUACAUCGUCAUUAUUCGGGCUAGUGAAAUAGUUUAAUGAUUAAUUAAGAGGGUAAAAAAACUGCUAAUUGACUUUAAAAGAGUUAGACAGCAUAGAAAUUUAAUUAAGAGGAUAAAAAAGCUCAAAAUAAUAAAUGUUAUAAAAUUGAUUGCACUGAAAUGCAAAUUACGGGAAAUUAGGGGUAGUUUUGUGAAAGAAAAGAAAAGGAAAAAAAAAAAAAAAGAGAUGGUCACGGUCAACAACUUCCCAUGAACGGUAAACCAAACCUCGAGCUCACUGUUUCAACAUGUUACGACACGUUUCAACACACUAUCUCUGUAACAUGUUACGACACGUGACUUCAUGCACACUGUUUCAACACCAGGAGGAACUAUGAAAAUAUGAAUUUCUAUUCUUCUCUGAUUUCCCAAUGCGCACAAACAAAAUCGUUAAAUGCCCUCAGAGCACUUCACACCAUCGUCAUCAAAUCCGGUUUGUCAUACUUGUUCUUCGGUCACAAGCUCAUUGAUGGUUACAUCAAGUGCGGCAACCUCACUGAGGCACGCAAGUUGUUCGACGAAUUGCCCAGCAGACACAUAGUUACUUGGAAUUCGAUGAUCUCUUCUCAUAUCAACCAUGGGAAGAGCAAAGAAGCCGUUGAAUUCUAUGACAACAUGCUUGUGGAGGGUGUUAUACCUGAUGCUUACACCUUCUCUGCCAUCUCUAAGGCUUUUUCAGAGCUGGGUCUGCUACGCCAUGGCAAGAGGGCUCAUGCCUUGACUGUGGUUUUGGGGUUGGAGAUCCUGGAUGGGUUUGUUGCCAGUGCCCUUGUUGAUAUGUAUGCAAAGUUUGAUAAAAUGAGGGAUGCCCAUUUGGUGUUUGACCGUGUUUUGGAGAAAGAUGUUGUCUUGUUCACUGCAUUGAUUGUGGGUUAUGCUCAGCAUGGUCUUGAUGGGGAAGCUUUAGAGGUUUUUGAGGACAUGGUCAAUAGGGGAGUCAAGCCUAAUGAGUAUACUCUUGCUUGUGUACUGAUUAGUUGCGGUAAUUUUGGGGAUUUAGUUAAUGGUCAGUUGAUUCAUGGUCUUGUAGUUAAGUCUGGUCUGGAAUCUGUUGUUGCUUCACAGACUUCGCUCCUUACCAUGUAUUCAAGAUGCAACAUGGUUGAGGAUUCUUUUAAGGUGUUUAAUCAGCUUGAUUAUGCAAGCCAUGUGACUUGGACAUCUUUUGUAGUGGGGCUUGUGCAAAAUGGGAGAGAGGAGGUUGCUGUGUCAAUAUUCAGGGAAAUGAUUCGUUGUUCAAUAAGUCCAAAUCCUUUCACAUUGUCCAGUAUUCUUCAGGCAUGUUCGAGCCUUGCAAUGCUUGAAGUAGGAGAACAGAUCCAUGGCAUAAUUAUGAAACAAGGAUUAGAUGGAAAUAAGUAUGCUGGUGCAGCACUGAUUAAUUUGUAUGGAAAAUGUGGAAAUGUAGACAAGGCGAGGUCAGUUUUUGAUGUGUUGACUGAGUUAGACGUAGUAGCCAUCAAUUCAAUGAUCUAUGCUUAUGCCCAAAACAGUUUUGGGCAUGAGGCACUUAAGCUGUUCGAAAGAAUGGAAAAAUUAGGACUUGUGCCAAAUGGUGUGACAUUUAUCAGCAUUCUCUUGGCGUGCAACAAUGCAGGAUUAGUUGAAGAAGGAUGUCAAAUAUUUGCCUCAAUUAGAAAUAAUCACAAUAUUGAAUUGACAAGAGAUCAUUUUGCCUGCAUGAUUGAUUUGCUAGGACGAUCAAAGAGAUUUGAAGAGGCUGCAAUGUUGAUAGAGGAAGUGAGAAAUCCGGACGUGGUACUAUGGAGGACACUGCUGAACGCAUGUAAGAUACAUGGAGAGGUAGAAAUGGCAGAAAAAGUUAUGAAAAAAAUCCUUGAGCUUGCUCCUGGGGAUGGGGGAACACAUAUCCUCUUGACAAAUCUUUAUGCUUCAGCUGGGAAAUGGAACCAGGUCAUUGAGAUGAAAAGCACAAUAAGAGAUCUUAAAUUGAAGAAAAGUCCUGCAAUGACCUGGGUUGAUGUUGAUAGAGAGGUGCAUACUUUUAUGGCAGGAGAUUUGUCUCAUCCAAGAGCUCAUGAGAUUUUUGAAAUGUUGCAUGGAUUAAUAGAGAAGGUUAAAACUCUGGGUUAUGAUCCUGAUACCAGAUUUGUAUUGCAGGAUUUGGAUGAAGAGAAGAAAAUCAGUUCUUUAUAUUAUCACAGUGAAAAAUUAGCUAUAGCUUUUGCUUUAUGGAAGACUAUUGGUAGGACUACUACUAUCAGGAUUUUUAAGAAUCUUAGAGUUUGUGGUGACUGCCACAGUUGGAUAAAAUUUGUUUCCUUACUUACUGGGAGAGAUAUUAUUGCUAGAGAUACAAAGAGAUUCCAUCAUUUCCAAGGAGGGAUAUGUUCCUGUAAAGAUUACUGGUGAAUCACAUUCGUUAUAUAUCCUAUCCCUAGCCUAGCCAGUGUCAGUGAAGGUAAGGUAACCAUGCAUGAUUAUUCAUCUGGUCCAUCGUCUUGUCAUAACUCUAAUUGUUUAUAGGGUAAAAUAUGGUAUUGCUCCCUGUAAAAGUUUUUAUUUUUUGAAAAAAAUUGUCUUAGUGGCAGUUUAUAACUGCUUUUUGUGGAGGUUUAUAACUGUCAUUAAAUGUUAAUUUAACACU